AUGUCCUCAUUUACCGUUCUCCAGGCCCGGAGUCUCCGUCAAAGGACGGUCACAAACGAGAAUGACGAGAAUAGCACGUCUACACGCCUAACAAGAGCAAAGGCCGCUGCCCUAACCACCUCAGAUGCUACAACUGUUGCAACAAAAAAGCCACUGCAAAGCAAGAGGGCGAACUCGACAAUGGUUACCUCAAAUGCCGGUCAGAAACGACGACCUGCACUUGGUGAUGUUAGUAAUGUGAACAAAACGGAUCUCAUUGACGCGAAAGAUGUCAAGAAAGCAGCAGCCAGUAAGACUGGCCUUACAUCAAAGGCUACAUCCCAAGCAGGUGGUGUGCAAAAACUCAGCAGAUCUAACACGACCCGUGCUGCGCUUGGUGUCAAGGACACCAACAAGAAGAAUGCUACUGUUGAAGUGAAACGCCCUGGAAGCGGGUCUGGUGUUGGUGGAAGUUCAAUGAAGCGUUCAUCCAGUCAAAAAUCUGUCAAGGAGGACAUUUCUCACAACGAAGAGCCUCCUCGCAAGAAGGUUGACGUCGAGAAGAAACAAUUGGCGACCAUCCAGCAGCAGGAUGUCUCUGAAAGCGCUGGUGAAGCCGCAGUCGACGCAGUUGGCAUAAAGGAAUUGCAAGAGGAAGGAGUCGUCGACCUCGACACAGAAGAUCUCGAUGACCCUCUGAUGGCUGCUGAGUACGUGGUGGAUAUCUUUGACUAUCUGAGGGAUCUCGAGCAUGAGACCCUUCCCAGCCCAGACUACAUUGAUCAUCAACCGGAACUUGAAUGGAAGAUGCGUGGAAUUUUGAUUGACUGGUUGAUCGAAGUCCAUGCGAGCUUCCGACUCCUCCCCGAAACUCUCUUCUUGGCUGUCAACAUUAUCGACCGCUUCCUUUCUGCCGAAAUAGUUUCAUUGGAUCGUCUACAGUUGGUUGGUGUAACUGCUAUGUUUAUCGCGUCAAAAUAUGAGGAAGUCCUGUCGCCCCAUGUUGCAAACUUCAGCCAAGUCGCAGACGAGACAUUCUCAGAUAAAGAAAUCCUGGACGCGGAGAGACACGUUCUUGCUACGCUGAACUACAACAUGAGUUACCCCAACCCAAUGAACUUCCUUCGUCGAAUUUCCAAGGCCGAUAACUACGAUAUCCAAACUCGUACCUUGGGCAAAUACUUGAUGGAGAUCAGCUUGCUCGAUCAUCGCUUCAUGUCAUACAAGCAGAGUCAUAUCGCAGCAGCUGCAAUGUAUCUCGCUCGUCUGAUCCUCGAGCGAUCCUCGUGGGACGCUACCCUUGCACACUACUCCGGUUAUAUGGAAGACGAGAUCCAACCGGUCUUCCAGUUAAUGGUCGACUACUUGCGCCGGCCUGUCGCCCACGAAGCUUUCUUCAAAAAGUACGCCAGCAAGAAGUUCCUGAAAGCGUCUAUCGUCACUCGUCAGUGGGCAAAGAGGUAUCACUCCCUAUAUGUUGACGGCGCACUCGACGACCACGACGACCAGGCCCACAGCUGA